AUGGAGGUGUCUUUGAGCCAGGAGGAUGCUGAUCGUGGAGGGAGUGAUGGUGAUGCUUACGAUGUAGAAAAUUCUGAGUUGGAAGACCUUGCCGGACUAAGUGUGAAUAACAUCCUUAAGAAGGCAUGGGACAACGUUGAUAAUGCAUAUGAGUUCUAUCGGGGUUUCAAAAAAUUGCAUGGAUUCGGUGUGCGAAAGGGUGACUCCGGAAAAGACUGUGAGGGGAAUCUUGUAAGGUACAUGUUUUUUUGUAACAAGGAAGGCUUCAGGGAGCGUAAACACUACGACAGGGUUGACAGAAUGAGGGUACACAAACCGGAAACAAGAACUAACUGCAAAGCAAUGUUAUCGGUUUAUUUAGACAAAAAUGAUAAGUAUUGGAAGGUUAGGAAGUUAGUAACCGAACACAAUCACGACCUGACACCGGCAGGAAUGGUGCACUUGAUUGCCAAUCAUCGUCGGUUAACGGAAGUUGCAAAGAGUCAGAUAGUUGGGAUGCAAGCACAUGGUAUUGCGACCUCUAAGAUUGUAGGGUACAUGGCUGGUAUGGCCGGGGGAUAUUCGUUGUUGGGGUUCCUGAAGAAGGAUGUCUAUAACUAUGCUGACAAAAUGCGGCGCAUUAAAAUAGCUGAUGGCGAUGCGAAUUCUGCAUUAGUAUGUCUAGAGGGAAAAGCCGAAUCAGACCCCAUGGCAAUCGCAAAAUAUAAUGUGACUACUGACAACAGGCUGGCGAAUCUGAUUUGGGCCGACGGAUGUAGCAGAGUCGAUUACCAAUACUUUGGCGAUGUGUUGGCGUUCGAUUCAACCUACAGGAAAAAUAAAUACAAGAGACCUGUUGUGAUUUUCUCUGGAUCAAACAAUCAUAAGCAGACCACCAUAUUCGGGUUUGGGAUGUUGCAUGACGAAAGUCUAGCAUCCUAUCGGUGGAUGCUGGAGAAUUUGAUGGAGAUCAUGUGUCGCAAGAAGCCAUCUGUAGUGGUUACCGAUGGGGACAAAGCUAUGACCAAAGCCGUGUCUGAAGUCCUCCCCGAGUCGACGCAUCGGUUGUGUGCAUGCCAUGUGGAGAAGAAUGUCACAUCGAAUGUCAAGGAUGAUGAUUUACGUGGGCUGUUCAGAAGGUGGUUGUACGCAGACAUGAUGACAGAUGUAUUUGAGUCGGAAUGGGAGCAGGCUGCCGAGGACUAUGGCCUCUGCCAGAAGCAGUGGUGGUGCCAGAUGUAUGAGAAAAAGGAGAUGUGGGCAAGUGCUUAUCUCCGUGACAAGUUCUGGGCGGGGUACCGGACCACAUCCCACUGUGAAGGAAUUAACACAUAUGUGAACAAGUUUUCCAAAUCCACCCACACAAUUUUGGAGCUGGUGCAAUGCUUAGAUUUGGUUGCCCGUGAAUAUCGGAAUAAGGAAAUGCUUCUCCAGUUUAAAUCCAUAAACUCGGUUCCGGUCAUGACAACAUGCCUUAGAAGUCUUGAACGACAUGCCGCUUCAGUGUACACCAGAGAAGUUUUUGAUGUUAAGAAGGAGAUCGAGGGGGCUGGUGCGUUGAUCCUGAUUAGCACAAGGAGGAUCAUGAAUACAAUGAUAUACACCUUAGAGGAGUACGAAGAUCCUGAUGUCCACAUAAUGUCCUCAUUUGGACGGUCAACCCGGAAGUUAAGUUGCCUGUGUAAUUUCUGGAAGAAGCAGGGUUAUCCCUGCAAGCAUAUGUUCUUCGUCAUGAAGGCAGAGCACCUAAAGGAGAUACCCGAGAAGAUAGUUCUGCGUAGGUGGAGAACUGAUGCAAAGUCCGCUGAGCAGUACACAGAAAAUUGA